UAAAAAUACGAGAUUAAUCUUCUGAUUUUUAUCCGAUUUGUUCCAUUUUUCAAUACACUUUCUUAAGUCGUCCAAGCUGUUGAUUAUGACCCAAGGCGUAUUAGGGGCCUUACUUUGUACCAGGGGUUGUGCUGUACGGUUGUUAAAGCGGCACUUAAUGACCAAGGAUUAGCGAUUUAUUUGAUUAUAGGAUACCAUUAGUUCUAUUGGAAAUUACAUCACUAUUCUAAAUAAUCAGCAAGCAGUUUCUCUCUAGAGUAACAGCACAAAAUUGUGCGUUUUGAGGAUUUUAUUUCAACAUUUUCCAUAAAACUCUGCCUUUUUUGAAAUGGAGGAAAUAAAUAAAUUCAAGCUGUAGUGAGGUGAAACCUCAGAAAUUCGCCAUGUGACAGCGGAAAAUGGCCUCGCCACCGACGGCGGCAUCACAAGCCUGGACAGAGGAAACUCAGGUCAAAGAGGAGGAAGAGAGAAAACCGUUAACUCGCAUUAUUGAAAAGGCUACUGGGCAGAGAGUGAAGGAUUUGACGAAGCCACCAAAGAAUAGUGUUCCGUAUACAAGCACAGCAGCCAGGUCUAAAAAGGUGAUUAAAAUGCAGAAUAGGUAUGCUAGAGCCCGACCGGUACCCAAAGGGGCCAAAGUUCCCGGCGUGGAUGACGAAUCCGCACAAGUGCCGUUCUUUCUACCUUCAGAAAAACCAGCAGCGUCAUUCUUUGCCACGUUAGAUUCCAAUCACAGAAAAUCAAUGUCUGAAUACAGUCGAACUCUAGAAGGAAAAAACUCAGACCGGAAAUCCAAUUUGCGUCGACAACACGCUUUCAUCAAAGUAAAAAGUAAACGGGAAAAUGUUUUGAACGAAAACGAAAUAUUAGAAAGAAAAAUGCCAAAACAAAAGACAAGUGCCCACAUUGGUUCCAAUAUCAUAGGAGAUAUGUUACCCGUGUAUGACACAUUUAACGAUGAUUUUGAAGAUGACUUACGAAACAACAAUUAUGACCCUAGUGAUUUAUUAACAAAAAGAAAUGUGCUUCUUAGAAAAUCACAGUCGAUGAUGGCUUUGGAGAAACCAAGCAUCAAACGAUCAGUGUCUAGUGGAACGUUUCGAGAAUCCCCCGUGACUCCAAAGCCGCUAGAGAGAUCGGGUUCUGGGUUCAAUACAUUGUUUUCCUAUAAUUCUGCCAACGCCCAAAGACGACGAAGGACAUUCGGAAGGGAUCCAAUCCAGGAAGUUCAGUCUGCCCGAGAUCCAGAAAAAUUUCCAGUUUACGAUAAGAAAGAAAUUGAGCAAAGUUUGGAUGAGAUUGAUUUGUUGCUGCCAGGAGUCUGCAUUUCAUCACCAAGGAGACCGUCCACUGUACGACCUUCUACCAACAUGAAACCGACGAGAACCCCAACAUACUGUAGUUGUUGUAGUUUGUGUGACAGUCCGAAAUCUCAGCUCGAAAGUCCCAGUCCGUUUGAGCUAGAACAUCCUGACCUGUUCUUGCAGAGGCGGCCAAGGAUGUCUCACCACUGCACCUAUUGUCAAACAGACGAUGGGAAGAAGCUCGUGCAAUACGCUCAUGGUGACGUCAUUAAAACAUUUGACUGGUUGAGUAAGAAUGCAAAAGAAACACCUUUGUAAAGAAUACUCCUGCCAGACUGCUUGCAUUGAAAUAUUGGUAACAUUCAGUGGUUUAUGUUCAAAAGAAAACACGAAAUGUUAGCAAGUUUCUUUUUGUGCUUUCUGUAUGAUUUUUACAAUAUGUUGAAAGAAAAAAUGUCAUUGAUUCAGCACAAUAUAUUUAAUGAAUUA